UGGACAUAAAAUAAAAUAAAAUAAAACAAAACGGAGAAAGCAGGGGAGGGCAUCAGUUACCAACCACAUGCAACAGCACAUCAAUGUCUGCUGCUUCUUUAUUUAAUCUCUCUUUGAUUCGCUUCAGAUCUCUCUCUUCUUCCCGGUUUCUCCGUCUUCCUCAAUCACCGCUCCGAUCCGUUUCCAUAUCACCGAGAAAGUUUCGAGCUUUCUCCGGUGCCGCAAUGACGACAGAUGCUGGGAUGGAUGCUGUUCAAAGACGCCUCAUGUUCGAUGACGAAUGCAUUCUUGUUGACGAAACUGAUCGUGUUGUGGGGCAUGACAGCAAAUAUAAUUGUCAUCUGAUGGAAAAUAUUGAAGCUAAGAAUUUGCUUCACAGGGCGUUUAGUGUAUUUUUAUUCAACUCGAACUAUGAGUUACUUCUCCAGCAAAGGUCAAAAGCAAAGGUGACCUUCCCUCUAGUGUGGACAAACACUUGUUGCAGCCAUCCUCUUUACCGUGACUCAGAGCUUAUCGAAGAGAAUGCACUCGGAGUGAGGAAUGCUGCACAGAGAAAGCUUCUCGACGAGCUCGGUAUUGUAGCUGAAGACGUACCAGUGGAAGAGUUCACUCCCUUGGGUCGUAUGCUUUACAAGGCUCCUUCUGAUGGCAAAUGGGGAGAGCACGAACUGGACUACUUGCUCUUCAUCGUGAGGGAUGUGCAGGUUGAGCCAAACCCGGACGAAGUAGCGGAGAUCAAGUAUGUGAGCAGGGAAGGGCUGAAGGAGCUGGUGAGGAAAGCAGACGCAGGGGAGGAAGGUUUGAAGUUGUCGCCGUGGUUCAGAUUGGUGGUGGACAAUUUCUUGAUGAAGUGGUGGGAUCAAGUUGAGAAAGGAACUCUCGGUGAAGCUGUAGACAUGAAGACCAUCCACAAACUCUGAAAUCUUCCUUUAAGCUUUUGGAUAAUCUUUCCCUCUCUUUUUUUUUUUUUGAUAUUUUGUGAUGAUAAUAAUUGGGAGAUGUGAGACCUUUUAGAUGUUUUCCAAGAAAAACCAUUCAAUAAAGUUUCAUUUUCAUUUAA